CGUCUCAAGAUGGAGAAGGACCUUGCCUGAGGUGCGAGUCUGCCACAAGCCAGCGAUAGUGAGGAGUCCCCGACCCCGACAGGAGUCAAGGUACCUGCAUCACCAGCUGCCCUGCUCGCAUUUUCUCCUACUAUCCCAAACCAAAGUCAUCAUGCCUCGGGGUCAGAAAAGUAAGCUCCAUGCUCGUGAGAAACGCCAACAGGCCCGAUGUGAGAAUAAGGCUAGAGAGGGUGCUCAGGCAAAAGCAGCAGCAGCAGAAGAAGAGCCCCCUCCAGAAGAGUCCCCUCCCUCCUCAUCUGUUUCUGAAGGUGUUACCAAGAGCCUGCCUGUUGCUGAGUCCUGUAGCACUUCCCAGGAGCCUCAGGAAGCUCCACCCACCACCACUACUUCUGAAGUCAUUUCUUGCACUAGAUCUGAGGAAGAUUCCAAUAUCCAAGAUGAGGCAAAGGAAAGCAAUGCUGAGGCCUCACCCUCCAGGAAUAAAGUAUGCAGAGAUCCUAUAGCCAGGAAAACUAAGGUGUUGGAGCAGUUCCUGCUCUACAAGUGCAAAAUGAAACAGCCCAUUAUGAAGGCAGACAUGCUGAAGAUUGUCAACCAGAAGUACAAAGACCAGUUUCCUGAGAUCUUCAAGAGAGUCUGUGAGCACCUUGAGAUGGUCUUUGCAGUUGAUGUGAAGGAAGUCGACUCAACGCGUGAGUUGUAUGACCUCGUGAGCAAGCUGAAACUCCCCAACAAUGGGAGGGUGCGUGGUGGCAGGGGCUUACCCAAGACCGGUCUCCUGAUGAAUAUCUUAGGUAUGAUCUUCAUGAAGGGCAACUGCGCCACUGAGGAAGACAUCUGGAAAUACCUAAGUAUGAUGCGAGUAUAUGCUGGCAGGAAGCACUUCGUCUAUGGAGAGCCCAGGAAGCUCAUCACUAAGGAUUUGGUGAGGCUGAAGUACCUGGAGUACCGCCAGAUCCGCAACAGUGAUCCUGCACGCUACGAAUUCCUGUGGGGUCCCAAAGCCCAUGCCGAAACUACCAAGAUGAAAGUCCUGGAAUUUUUGGCCAAGAUCAAUGGUACUGCCCCCAGUGCCUACCCAAACCUUUAUGAAGAGGCUUUGAAAGAUGAGGAAACAAGAGCCCAAGCCGUACGUGUAGCCAAGCCUGCUCCUACUUUCAAAGUUUGUGCACUGUGCAGCGCCAUGCGUACAGUAUAUCUUGCUGACCCUAUUGAUGUCUGAGUCUUUUUCAUAAUCCAGAUUAGAAAAUAUGACAUCACAAUAGGCAUUUUCUUGGAAAUAUAAAAGAACCCCACAGUAAAGUAUUAAGUAAGUGGGGUAAUAUAAUUGAGAAAACAUUAAAACAUGAAGAUUCCUUCAUUCCUUGUUUUCCCUAUUCCCUUUUAGUGUUUCAUUUUGUAACAUUAAGUGGUUUAUACU